AGAGACACAAUUACAGACUGGUGACAAAUGACAGAAAAACCAACAUGAAGUGUCUCAGCAUGGAGUCAGACCACCAAAAGCCUCAAGUUGAACACCACUCCCCUUAUUUAUAUGUACUACCUAAUCAGGUCAUCUCAUUGAGAUCAAGAGAGAAUACAGCUGAUAGAAAAAAAAACAUAGCCAGACAUAACCAAAGAACAUCAAUCUCAAAAGGACAUCAAAAGGACAUAGCAUCGGAGACAUCACUAAAUAGAUUUGGAUAUUAAAGUUUAUAUUAUAUAUACUUACAUAUUGUGAUUUGGUGUAGUAGCGAAGAGCAUUGUCUGUGAACCAUUAUCAUCUGAUCACAUUGCAAAAGAGAUCUUUUCUUUAUUUUAUAGAUAACCCAGAUAUAAAUCAUGGGAGACCAGGGAUGGUUAUAACAUGGGUCAGUCGUAACGCGUCCAAUUUCACCAAUCAAGAACAAGUUGCGAAUCACCUGAUUCGCUCUGUGUAGACUCAGUUUAGUAAGUAUUCUUCAUGUGAAAAAGUAGCACCCUGUGGCAGGCACAGUCAAUUUUAGAAGGAAAAAAACAAAUUUUGAGCCCACUGACGCCCAAAGCGAUGCCCGCUCCUUCCUGACUGAGGAGAUGAUUGCAGAGUUCAAGGCUGCCUUCGACAUGUUCGAUACAGACGGUGGCGGUGACAUCAGCACCAAGGAGUUAGGUACUGUGAUGAGGAUGCUGGGCCAGAACCCAUCAAGGGAGGAGUUGGAUGCCAUCAUUGAGGAGGUCGAUGAGGAUGGCAGCGGUACCAUUGACUUCGAGGAGUUCUUGGUCAUGAUGGUGCAACAGUUAAAGGAGGACCAGGCCGGAAAGAGUGAAGAAGAGCUUUCGGAAUGCUUCCGUAUUUUUGACAAGAACGGAGAUGGUUUCGUUGACCGGGAGGAGUUUGGAGACAUCCUCCAUCUCACUGGAGAACCAGUCGUAGAAGAAGAUAUUGAUGAGAUGUUCGGGGAAGCAGAUACAAACAAAGAUGGAAAGAUUGAUUUUGAUGAGUUUCUCAAGAUGAUGGAGAACGUUCAGUAAUGAGACCAGAUCUACAUUCUUGCUCACUUGGUGACCCUUCCUCAGAGAGAAUAUGAAGCAUGCUGUGUGAUGGAAUUGUGCUCAGAGCAAACUCUAAAUGCUGUAAAACCUUGUACAAUUGUGAAUAUGAUGUAACUUCUGAGACAUCUAAAUGGGUACAAGUGAAAUACCUUAACCCACACUCCCCUUUUCCUUCUCAUAUUAAACCCAGGGGCUCAGUGAGGAUAUCUAUAAAUAUCCGUUCAAACCUUUUAAGACGAAGGAACCUUCCCUGAUCGCCUUUUUGAGCCGGCCACCCAGCUGUCCCCUUGGCAGCUGCUGUUUCUCCAGAAAUGCUACACCACUUAAGCCCCACCUCCUCCUCAAAACUAAAUCUUCCCCAACCUGUUCUGUGCUUUCUAAAUAAAUCCACUUUCUCCUUGUUCA